AUGGAAAGAUCGGAGUCUCCAUCGCCAUCAAGUCAUGUCACCGACGGAGAAGCGACAGCGAAGGAGGGAAGAGAGGAGAGUAUUACACUCAAAUACCUACUACUAACGAGCAGCAACUACUCGGCGUGGUCCAUAAAAAUGAAGGUCUACAUGCAGGCUCAGGGCGUGUGGGACGCCGUCGAGGCCGAGGGUAGAGUCGACAACCGGCGCGACAAGAUAGCACUCGCGGCCAUCUACCAGGGGGUGAACGAUGAGAUCCUCCUUCUCCUCGCUGAGAAGACGAUGGCCAAAGAUGUGUGGACUGCGUUAAAGUCCAUGUACAUGGGGGCCGAUCGUGUGACGAGGGCGAAACUACAGAAGCUCAAGAUGGAGUUCGAGGCUCUCCGUAUGCGAGAAGGGGAGUCCGUCGAUGAGUUCACUGUGUGGCUGAACACGGUGGUCAGCAAAAUGCACGCCAUGGGGGAGAAGAUGGAUGACAUUGCUGUGGUGGAGAAGGUGUUGCGAGCGAUAACACCAAAGUUUCUGCAAAUUGCUUCCACAUUGGAGCAGUUCGGUGACUUGAGUGAGAUGACGGCCGAGGAGGUGUUUGGUCGGCUCAAGGCACAUGAAGAGCGACUGCGAGAUUUUGGCGACACAAAAGGUGAGCACGCGUUGCUGAUCCGGGCUGAAUGGGAGUCCAAGAAACCAAAGAAGGAGGAUAGAGCCCACUUUGCUGAAAAGCAACACGAUGAUGAACCUGCAUUGCUCCUGACAGAGGUGUGUGAGUCCCUGUACAUGACUCAAGAAGAGGGAGAAAAGAUGAUGUUUCACGAAGAAAAUAUGAAGCCAAGAUUGAGCAGUGAAGAAUUGGUCUUCGAGACCGACAUUUGGUACCUAGAUACUGGUGCUAGCAACCAUAUGACUGGUUGUAAGAAGAAAUUCUCAGACCUCGAUGAGAAGGUGUGCGGCAGAGUUAAAUUCGGCAAUGGCUCGAUCGUGGAGAUACAAGGGAGUGGAACCAUCAUGCUUCAAUGCCAGAACGGUGAGCAUAAACUUCUAGCAAAUGUGUAUUAUAUACCAAAGCUAUGCAGCAAUAUCAUGAGCCUUGGGCAACUAGAGGAAAAUGAGUGCAAAAUAGUUAUGGAGGGAGGUCAUCUGCGUAUCUAUGACAGGAGCAGCAAGCACUUGGCCAACAUGAGGAAGUCUAAGAAUAUGUUGUACGUACUCAACCUCAAGGUGGCUCAUCCAGUGUGCUUGAUGGGAAGCCUAGGAGAUGAUGCGUGA